AACUUAUCCAGCGGUGUCUCAAGAUCAACUUGCUCCUUGAAGCUAUCCCGUGCAUCGCGCAGAGAAACCACCGUCGAGCGCCAUGACUGUCAAUGAUUCCACUGAUGUCAAAGCGGCUGUGCCGUUGCCCAACAAUGGUGAUGCCUCGACUGCCCCAUCUGUGGUCCAGACGCCCAUCGCCCACCCCGUCGACACAGCCAAACCCGAGCCGCCUGCGAAGCUCACCCCAGACCAGCAAGCCAAGUAUGAGACUGUCCUGAAGACGGUCUCUUCUUGGACCACAGUUCCAACUACCGCCGAUAAGAAUGCACAGAGUGAGCCAAUUACCGACGACGAGCGCAUGUGGUUGACCCGCGAAUGCCUGCUCCGAUACCUUCGUGCGACCAAGUGGAACGUCUUCGAGGCUGAAUCUCGCCUUCAACGCACAUUGACAUGGCGUCGGGAAUAUGGAAUGGAGAAGUUGACACCGGAUUAUAUCUCAAUUGAGAACGAAACAGGCAAGCAAGUGAUCAUGGGUUAUGAUAUCCACGGUCGGCCCUGUCUAUACCUUCUGCCUUCCAACCAGAACACCGAGAAGAGCGAGCGCCAGAUUCAGCAUCUCGUCUUCAUGCUGGAACGCGUUAUUGACCUUAUGGGACCCGACCAAGAGACUCUGGCUCUUCUGGUCAACUUCAAAGAAACCAAGUCUGGCCAGAAUGCAACAAUUGGCCAGGCAAAGCAGACUCUCGAUAUCUUGCAAAACCACUAUCCCGAGCGAUUGGGUCGUGCCUUGGUGACCAAUGUUCCCUUCCUCAUUUGGGGUUUCUUCAAGUUGAUCACCCCUUUCAUCGACCCAAACACACGACAGAAGCUCAAGUUCAACGAAGACCUUCGCCAACACGUUCCUCCCAGCCACCUCAUGAAGCCCGUGGGUGGCGAUCUCGAAUUCAAAUAUGACCACUCUAUCUACUGGCCUGCCCUUAACGAGCUGGCCAGAUACCGCCGUAAAGGCUACCACGAGCGAUGGGUUCAAGGUGGCAAGCAAAUCGGCGAGUUCGAGAACUACCUCAAAGGCGAGAAUAUCCCAAGUGUGGCCCAGGUGCCGAGCACUACAAUUGAGGCCGAGACCGAGGCCGAAGCUUCAGUCUAACCCGAGGAUCCUUUAUUCAAAUUACUGUUAUUUCGGUCGUGCGCACAUUUAGCAUUCUGGCUUUCAUAUACUCCAUGUGUUUGCACUUUUUCUUAUUUUAAUUCUUGACAUGUCAAUGUUUGCAUGGUAUUGGACAGCCCUUGCAUUUUGUUGAUAGACACAAUAUACCUCUCGGAUUCUGCAAUUAGUUUGCUAAUAGAAGUACAAAUAUACUACGGCAUUGAUUGGCACCAUG